AGCCGGUUCCGGAUUCCUGACGUCACGCUCUGUCAGACCGCCUCUCUUUCGCAUAAGGUCCCGGAUGCGGCUCUCUCGUUCGAUCUUUCCAGAAGCUGCUGGUGAAGGAGAAAGGACGGCGGAUUCGUGUGCCAGUUAGUAACAUUUGAAGAUACCUGAAGAAAAAUGGUGGUUGAAACAGGGUACUAUGAUGUUCUGGGGGUAAAGCCUAAUGCCACCCAGGAAGAGCUCAAAAAGGCCUACAGAAAACUUGCAUUGAAGUACCAUCCCGACAAGAAUCCCAAUGAAGGGGAAAAGUUCAAGCAGAUUUCUCAAGCCUAUGAAGUACUUUCUGAUGCAAAGAAGCGAGAUUUGUAUGACAAGGGUGGUGAGCAGGCCAUCAAAGAGGGUGGAAUGGGAGGUGGUGGAUUUGGCUCACCAAUGGACAUCUUUGAUAUGUUCUUCGGUGGAGGUGGAAGAAUGCAGAGGGAGCGAAGAGGUAAAAACGUAGUCCACCAGCUCUCCGUGUCACUGGAAGAUCUGUAUAACGGGGCUACACGCAAACUGGCUCUACAGAAGAACACCAUUUGUGACAAAUGUGAAGGUCGUGGCGGUAGAAAAGGAGCUGUGGAAUGCUGUGUGAAUUGCAGAGGUUCUGGGAUGCAAAUUCGAAUCCAUCAAAUAGGGCCAGGAAUGGUCCAGCAGAUCCAAUCUGUAUGUCCAGAAUGUCAAGGUCAAGGGGAGAGAAUCAAUCCAAAAGACCGGUGUAAGAACUGCAAUGGACGGAAGAUUAUCAGAGAAAAGAAGAUUCUGGAAGUUCAUAUUGACAAAGGAAUGAAGGAUGGUCAGAAAAUCACAUUCUCUGGAGAGGGUGACCAAGAGCCAGGCCUUGAGGCAGGAGAUAUCAUUAUUGUAUUGGAUCUGAAGGAUCAUGCUGUGUUUACUAGGAGGGGAGAGGAUCUUCUGAUGCACAUGGAAAUUGAGCUUGUGGAGGCGCUGUGUGGCUUUCAAAAACCCAUAGUGACGCUGGAUUCAAGGACUAUAAUUAUUACUUCUCAUCCUGGUCAGAUUGUCAAACAUGGAGAUGUUAAAUGUGUGUUAAAUGAAGGUAUGCCACUCUAUCGCAGACCAUAUGAAAAAGGACGCCUUAUUGUUGAAUUCCAGGUUAACUUUCCUUCCAGUGGCUUCAUUUCAGCUGACCGACUUCCUUUGUUAGAAAAGCUGCUACCUUCAAGAAAAGUAAUUGAAGAGAAUGAAGAUAUGGAGCAAGUUGAGCUCAUGGAAUUUGAUCCAUCUCAGCAGAGGCGUUCACAUUACAAUGGAGAAGCAUAUCAUGAUGAUGAUGAGGACCACCCAAGAGGUGGAGUUCAGUGCCAGACCUCCUAGGUCAAAGCGGUGAAAUUUUUAGUUUUCUAGUAUUGCUCACAACUUGGUGGACAAGAUGACCAUGCAGUGCGUUCUUUGGCUUGAGUGGGCUGAGCGAUGUUGCUGAGCAUGGUUGCUCACCUCCGAAUGCAGGAGAAGAUGGACUAGAACAGUGUUUCCCAACCAGUGUGCCUCCAGCUGUUGGAAAACUACAACUCCCAGCAUGCCUGGACAGUCUUUGGUUGUGUUGGCAUGCUGGGAGUUGUAGUUUUGCAACAGCUGGAGGCACAUUGGUUGGGAAACACUGGACUAGAAGAAUAGACCACAGGGGGCACUGCCAGAGAGCAAAAGUACAUGAAAAUACAAACAAUGGGGAGAUUUAUCAAAACUGGUGUGAAGGAAAACUGGAUUAGCUGCAGUAUGGCAACCAAUCAGAUUCCACCUUUCAUUUUUCAGAGCUCCUUUGAAAAAUGCAAGGUGGAAUCUGACUGGUUGCCAGUUUUCCUUACUCUGGUUUUGAUAAAUCUCCAAUAAAUUUAUUGCAUGUAUAUUGCAAUAAUACUUCAUUUGGUAUGGCCCUACUCAUUGUAUAGUACAUUUUGUGGGAUAGCUCCUUUUUUAAGCUCUGUACCCAACAGUUUCACUAGUAGUAUGUAAAUGUCUUGUGGAUUCAGGUAAAAUAAAUGGCAUGUUAACUUCUAGACUAUGACUAUAAUCCCAAGAAUUUUUCAGUUUGUACUUGUGAAUUCAACCUUUUUACAUUGACUUAAUUUAUAGACCUAUAAAUAUAAUAUUUUUUUUUUAACUACUUGAUAAAGCAUAACUGGCUUUCUGUUGUGCAGGAUUAUUUACAUGCUUCAGAUUGUUGACACGGUCAAACAGUGUAAAAAUGACAUCCUAUUAAUUAAAUUCUAAUUAUGAAGUAAAUGGUA